AAGUCACAGGACAGUCGGCCAUGGCUGAUGAGUUUCCAUACGCUCUCUUCGUUGAGGGCCAAUGGGACCCCAAAACCCCCAAACUAAAAAAUAAACUUAACAUCUAUUUCCAAAGUAAGAAAUCAGACGGAGGCGACAGUGAGGUGGAACACGAUGUUUCUGACGGCCAAAGAGCAACUGUUCGAUUCAAGACAGAGGAAGUGAGACAGCGGGUUUUGCGGAAACAAACGCAUGAGCUCAAGAUUGGCAAAACAAAUAUUAAAAUGACAGUGCGUCUCCCGUCGUCAGAGGUCUCAACUCCUGAGGAAUCAACAUCUUCGGUCAGCGCAAUCACAAAGGGUGAACUGAAGAGUGAGGUAGAAGAAGAGGUUGAGCCAACUGAGGAGAAAGAAGAUACAACCUGUAGAUCAGCUGUAAUUGAAAACAUUCAAAACAAUAGCCAAGAGUUUCUGGUAAUGCUGGUGGAAAAUGUGCUGAAGGGACAUUCUGAGUCAAAGGACUUCAGUAUUGAAAUAAUACCAGAGAGCCACUGUGCUGUGGUGACAUUCUCUGAUAAUAUGGAUACAGCAAACUUUGUUAAGUCCUGCACAAGCAAUGCAAUGAUUAAGAAGAAAAACAUGAAUGUCAGAUUGCUUGAGACUACUUCAAAGGUGAAAGCAGAAGGUUUACCUUCGCAUACGAACUCUGACUACCUCCUGCUCUAUUUUGAAAAAUUUGGGGAAGUAGAGGAUGAUGUGGUAAUAUUUGAAGAGGGACAAUCAGCAAUUAUGACUUUUAAAAAUCCCAAAGAUGUGCAUUCGGUCAUCAAAGAGCAACAUCACAUUAAAAAGCAUCCAUUCAGAGUACUGCCAUACUAUGAAACAUUACAAACAGCCCUUUAUGGAAAAGACAGACCCAUACUAACUCUUCCAAAAGCAUUUACAGAAAAUAUUGAUGAGACUGUAUGGCACCAUUUAAAAGAAAACCAAAAUUCUAUGGAUCUGAUCAACCAAGCUAUGUCUAGUUAUUUUUGCGAUCUGGAUUUUCAGUCUUCAGCGGUGACGAUCAAACCUUUGCCAUCCCUACUUCAGCAAGGUGGGCAGACAAGAAAACUCAUUCAGACUUGGAGAGAAAAGGCCUCCACUGAGUUCUCAGUGUCAGUGUCUAAGUUUAAAUCCACUGAAAUCUACAUUCAGAAAGACACGUGGACUGAGAUAGAAUCUGAAAUUCACAAAGCAGUUGCAGCAGUGACAGUCACACUGGUUCCCUAUGUGGAUCAAGGAACAAUGGCUGUAGCAGGCCUGAAAGAAGAUGUGAACAAGAUUGAGAGUAUUCUGAGAGGAAUUGUUGAGAGAAUCACCCAAAGAAUACAAAGGAAGAAGGGCAGUGAGAUGGAUGAAAUUGCAAUGUCUCCUUCCAUUUACAAACUUUUUCUCUGCAGUGGUUUGAAGCAGCAAAUUUGUGACAAAUUUCCAGAACUGGAGCUCACAUACCAUGCACACAGCCAAAAUCUAACUUUGUACGGUCUAAAAACCGAGGUGCUGGAGACAAAGAAUGAGAUACUGCAGGAUGUUGUCGAUUUAAUUCGUCAACCAGUUGAACUCCACCAAUCUGUUUUAGAUUUUCUGCAUAACAAGGACCUAGAGAAAAUGUCCACUGAUUUGUUUUUUACAAAUGGAAUCGAUGUAUCAUUGGUAGUAGAGGGAAAGAGAGCUUUGCUGGUUGGCAAAACAAAGAAGGCCUUGAAUGAUGCUGAGAGAAAACUGACAGCAGACCUAGGUCACCUGAGCUUUGCUGUAGAAGAUUCCAGUGUUCUGGAAAGAUCAGAUUGGCAAGACCUGGUCUCUUACAUAAGAAACACUGACACAGAGGUUACAGUACAGACGACUGUUAAUGAAGUGGUGGUUUCUGGCUUUGUAGAUUCCAUCAAGGAUGUUGAAAAAAAAUUAUGUGAUUUUGUUAAGGAAAACUCUCAAACAGAGAAAAGCUUAAAGGCUCAUAAGACUGUUGUCAAAUUCAUCAAGGAUCACAAAAGGCAGGAUUGGUCAGAAGAGGUAAAAGGUAAAAUCAGUGUGAACUUUAAAGAUGACACCAUACUGAUCAGUGGCCCAUACCAUCAUGUCACUCAAUAUUUGCCUAUGUUUGACACAAUGCUUAAAUCUAUUCAACACUGCACCAUGAAAAUAGAUAAACCAGGGGCAAAGAAGUUUUUCAAGGAAAAAGAAUCAAUGUGUGUUGCAUUUGCCAAGACAAAUAUGGGUUGUUUGAUCCAAUUAAUAGAUCAGUAUGAAACCCCACAUGGCCUAAUGAAAUCAGAUACAAAGCCAACUUAUCAAUUUAAAACACCAGAGGGGGUGGAAAUUGCCAUAAACAAAGCUGACAUUUGUUCGUUUCAAGUGGAUGCAGUAGUCGGUGCAAGUAAAGAGACUCUCCUACUGGAUGAAGGUUUAGCAAAGGCACUCUCAGAUGCUGCUGGCCCUAAACUUCAGGAUGACUGUAAUAAGUAUGUCAAAAGUCGGCAGUUGAUGACAGGUGAUGCUGUUCUUUUUGAUGCAGGAGGACAGCUUAGAUGUAAACAUGUCAUCUUUGCAAUAGGACCACAGUACAAUUCUUCCAAACCUCAGGAGGCAGUAACACUCCUUAGGAAAACUGUAAAAAAGAGUCUGAAUCUGGCUGAUCAAGAAAGCUGCCAAUCAGUGGCAAUUCCAGCCAUUAGCUCUGCUGGAUUUGGCUUUCCUCUGGACCUUUGUGCAGAUACCAUUGUGAAAGCUAUAAAAGAGUUCUGCAAUAUUUUUGGUGGGGACAGUGUUCUAAGUAGGAUUCACCUGGUUGACACUAAUGAUAUUACAGUUCGAGCUUUGGAAGCUGCAGUGAAGAAAAUGUAUGGGGUCACAGCAGUUAGUCACAACAUGACAACCGGAGGUGGUCCAGGCCUGCAGCAAAACCAAAACCAAGCAAGUUCCUCUUCAAGCCAAGGCCAAAGUGCUGUUCACACUCAAGGGGCAUCGCAAAGUUUUCAGACAAAAGAAGGCUUAACCAUCUCCAUUUUGAAAGGAAACAUUGAGGACACAACAAUGGAUGUGGUUGUGAACACUCUUAGCAGCAACUUGAAUCUAAGUGUUGGAGCUAUUUCAAAUGCCCUUCUAAAAGCAGCUGGACCUCAGCUGCAGGUUCUGCUCAAUGAGCAAGUCACAGGAACUCCAAAUAAUGGAGCAGUCAUUGUAACAACAGGUGCAAACCUUAAAAACCAACUGGUGUUCCAUGCAGUUGUACCACACUGGAAUCAGGGACAAGGCUCAGAGAUGAAGAUGCUGGAAGAUAUAAUUGAUAAGUGUUUGAAUGAGGCAGAAAAGCGAGAGCAGAGCUCCAUUGUGUUCUCUGCCAUUGGCACAGGAAACCUGGGAUUUCCAAAGGCACUCGUAGUUUGCACAAUGCUGGACCUAGUCCUAAAGUUUAGCAAUAAAAGGAGUUCAAAACAUUUGCAGGAAGUAGUAUUUGCUCUUCACCCCAAAGACACAGCAACAAUUCAGGUAUUUACAGAUGAAUUCAACAAAAGGUUUAUGCCCCAGUAUACCUCAGCAAAUAACCCCACGCAACAGCAGAGCACAGGGCCCUUCUCAAAGGUCACAGUGAAAUCUGGGAUAUAUGAGACUAUAGUGGGAGGAACAACACUUCAGGUUCUGCAAGGUGAUAUCACUGCAGAGAAAACUGAUGUCAUAGUGAACUCCAGCAAUAAAGAGUUCACACUGAAGUCAGGUGUCUCAAAGGCUAUUUUGGAUAAGGCUGGUCCAAAUGUAGAAGCUGAGUGCCAGCAACUUGGGGCCCAGCCUAACAAAGGACUGAUAAUGACUCAAGCAGGAAAUUUACAAUGUAAAAAGAUUAUCCACAUUUCAGCACAAAGCAAUAGCAACUUAAUCCAAAAACAGGCUAAAAAGGCUAUGCAAAUGUGUGCUAAGGAAAAGUUCACCUCCAUCUCAUUCCCAGCUAUUGGUACAGGACAAGCAGGGAUGUCUCCGGGUCAAGUAGCAGAUUCUAUGAUGGAUGCUGUGGUGGACAUGGUAAAACAGACGCCACAGUCCUCUCUCAAGCUGGUCAGAAUGGUCGUCUUCCAGGCCCCCAUGCUCACUGAAUUCUACAAAAGCAUGCAGAAUCGAGAAGUCACUCACAAACAAGAGGAGAGUACCUGGUCAAAAAUCAAAACAUAUGCUGCUAGUGUUAAAUCUUUCUUGACUGGAUCUUGGGAGAAAGAAAUUAAGCAACAUGGUGGCAAAGACUUUGUCAUUGAAGGCAUUAGAGUAGUAGAUCCAUUGUGUUUGUCUAUCUGUGGACCAUCACAAAAAGAAGUGGACAAAACUAAGCAUUUUAUAGAGAAUAUGCUCUCUCAGGAACAAACAAUUCAGUCCAUUACUGACACAGCAAUACUUAGCUUCUCUGAUAAAGACCAACAGCAUAUCAAGGAUAUGCAAAGCACAUUAGAUGUGACUAUAAGGCUGGAAUACAAAGCCCUUAAAGGUUCAAAGGGUACCACAGGAGAGGCCACACUCACAGUGGAAGGUCUCACCCGAGAUGUUCUCAUCGCCGUUCAAGAUAUCCAAGACAUGCUCAAAUCAGCCAGAGAGGGAGAGAUACUGAAGAGAGAUAUGGAAUACACAAGUGAAUUUGUGGAUUGGCAGUAUGAACAGGGUGGGCAAUAUAAGAGUUUUGAUCAACGUACAAACUUAGAGUUGGAACAGGCCCUUGGUAGAGGUGCUGCAGACAUCAAAAUAUCCUUACAAGGCCAGAGUUACCAGAUCAAACUGCCUGAGGGUCCUGCCGUUAGCACCAGUGGUGGCAACCAGAUGAAUAUAAGACGCAUUGACAAACUGAAAGCAGCUACUGAAAGUAUCCCACAGAAUUGGGAUGCCAUGGCGCCUAAAGAGUUGUACAAAGUGUGUAACUUGCAACCAACAAGCUCUGAAUACAAAGAUGUAUUGAGGCUCUUCAAGGCCUCUUGUCCUAACAAAAAUGUUGUGAAGAUUGAACGAAUACAAAAUCCUGGUAUGUGGAAGAAUUAUCAAAAUAACAAAAGUGUCAUGGAACAAAAGAAUGGUCAUCAAAACAAUGAGAAAAAACUGUUUCAUGGAACCAGUGAACAGACCUUAACACACAUUAAUAAGAGUGGCUUUAAUCGCAGCUAUGCAGGACAAAAUGCUGCAGCAUAUGGAAAUGGAACUUACUUUGCACUUAAUGCAAGCUAUUCUGCCAGCAACACGUACUCAGUGCCUAAUGCUCAGGGACAGAAGCAUAUGUACCUCUGCAGAGUCCUUACAGGAGACUUUACUAGAGGACUUGGGGGGAUGAUUGUCCCUCCUCCAAAAACUACCACCGGCUUUGAUCUGUAUGACACAGUCGUGGACAACCCUGCUGCUCCGACUAUUUUUGUGGUAUUCCGUGAUGAUAAUGCUUAUCCAGAAUAUUUAAUCACUUUCACUUAGUCAAUAAAGUUUAAUCAUAUUACACAGUCAAGCUGAGGGCUUCAACACAUUUGAUAGAAUUAUGCAGAACAUUUUAAAAUGACACUAUAAGUUCCCAUAGUAUGUCUUACUGUAUCAUUUUAAUGUGAAAGUGCUUGAAUUAUGUUAAAAUAGAAUGAAUGAAUAAAUGAAUGGUUUAGGCUACAGACAUGUACUGUUCUGGUUUUCUGAAUUUCUACAGUCAAAUAUUUAGCUGUAAAGUGUACAAAAUUGUGUCUUAUUGUUAAUUCAUGUGAUAUAUUCAAACAAGACAGGGUGCAAGCAAAUUUAUACAAACUGCACCUCAAAUAAAGAGCUUCAGAACGUA